UACUAUUUGUUAUCUAUAAAUCUGCGGUCUGCUCUUUCUGUUUCUGUUGUUUGUGGCAUGAUUGAAAUGUAGGCUAAAUUCUCAACUGAUGUAAAGCUCACUACUGUUUAUGAGAAAGAAAAACCAUACAAGAAUGUUCUUUUUUUUUUCUUUUUAAAUUAUGUUGCAAUGAAACAAGUCGGUGUGGAUCCAGAUCCUGGUUUUCUGUUUUACUGUUCAUGUCUACAUUUGAGUAAUCUGUAAAACCCAUUUGGGGACAUGUUUUUCUUAAUUUACCGAGUUUAUGCGUACAUUGUUUUGUAUUUUUGGUGUAAUUUAAACUGCAUCAUUGAAGAAAAUUGAUAUGGGAGUGCUUGUUUUCUUCUUUCCCACAAGUUGUCGAGGAUCUUGAGGUCAUGGAUGCUUCGGAUGUAUGUCCAACCGAGGAUGCCAUUCAGGCUUUUUUGGACCAAUUGGUUGACCCACAGCUUCCAGCAAAACCUUCCAUGAGGAAUACCCCAUCACUCGAUCAACAAGAGUCGGUUGCAAAACAGUUGGUCGUGGAUCUGAAACCUGCCCUGCUGGCUCAUAUGAAAUUCAUGAAAAGGUCAAGUGACACUGAAUUGGAUGACCUGGAGAAACAACUUUCAGUCACCGAAAGAGCUAUAAUGGAUGCAUGUGACUUAUCUACAAGUUUAGAUGCAUCCAGGGGUGCUCCAAACACUGAGGGGUGGCCAAUUUCUAAAAUUGCCGUUCUUUUAGUCGACUCCAAGAACGAGAAGUGCUUCUUGCUAGAUGGUACCAGUUCCAAUUCCAUUACCCAGGGUGUUUGGUCGAUCAUUGAUAAAAGUUUGGAGGUCAGAGAUCACAGUUCAGAUGAUACAAGGGAGUUAAAACAUGUCAACAAAAAACAAAGAUUCAUUGGAAAACCUUCUAGAGGAGAAUUGAGGACUGAUGAAACUAGCUGUCAAAACCUGGCAUAUUCAGCAAUUACUGAGGCUACAGAUAUUAGUCAGAAUGAUCUUCUGUUUUUGGAGAGCCAUGUGGUGUAUUCUGAUAGUAGAAAGAAGGCAGCUGCUUUGUUUUUCAUAGUUCAGUGUACCAAAUCAGGGAUCCGUAAAAUUGAAUUUCCUAUUAAAGAAGUUAUUGACAGACUGCAGGGUCCUCUGGUCACAAAGGAUUCCAGCGGCUGGACAGUCACAACAGUUGUUGAGUACUUCCAUCUACUUCCUUAUGCUGAGAUUUUGUCUGACUGGUUUCAUAGGAGAGAACUCUCAAAUGGUUCGCAAGAUUCGCUAGGACCAGGAGAUGUAAUUAUGCCUAGCCCUAAUAGGACUGAAAGACCUUGCAGACCAGAAAGUUGCAAAAUUCAGGAGAAAAAUCAUGUAAGUGAUGUUGUAAUUGAGGAUCCUGGUAGAAACACAAGUUCUGGAUCCCCAUCAUUCAAGCAGAAAGAUAGCACUGGAGGUUGCAAGAUAGAUCUGGCUCAUGCUUUCAAUGGGUCUCAGGAAAUGGAAUUGGAGAAUUCUUCCAUGGUUGCCUUGAAGAAGAACAAACGUUCUACGAAAGUUUCAAGUCCCAUUCAAUUUGUCAGCCACCAGGAUGACACGCAUUCUUGUAUCAAAAAUGAAAUUACAAAAACCAAAGACAAGUUGUCUCAUGUAAAACAUACCACGACAAAGGAUCUUGGGAACAACACAAGCAGUUCUAAACCUCAAUUGUAUAAGAAUGAAGAUACCACUGUUUAUAAAAAUACAAGACAAGCUGAAGCUUUGAAUGGGCCUCAGAAUGUGUUGAUGGAUGACUCUUCUAUGGUUCCCUCGCAGAAUGUAGAAAGCUGUAAGAAAAGUUCAAGCAGCGUUCAAGUUGUCAAUCAGCGAAAAAAUAUUUCUUUGAUCGGGACUGAACUAAAUGGCUCAGUAACUAAUAAUAAGGUUGAGACUGUGAAGCCAACAAGUCCAUCCAUUACUGACUGCAGAGUUACAAUAGUUGGUGGAAACGGAACUUGUGAUAUAAACUCAUCAUCUCAAGAAAGUAAAGGUGGUCAUACCUUUUCCACGUGUCAAUCAAAUUUAAAAGAUUCUGACAAGCUACAGAAUGCUAUAGCUUCAAAAAAACACAUCUUGCUGCAAACAGCUUUGAACGUUCUUAUGAAUAAAAGGAAUGAGCUGUCUCUUAAGAAGCGCAAUGUAGAGGAUGAGCUGGCUCGGUGUGAAAAAGAUAUCCAGACAAUUAUAAAUGAUAGUGAAGAUGGCUCAGCAGUAAUAAUUGACUCGAUAAUAGAAGGCUGUAAUGAUGGAUAUAAAAGAAAUAGAAGGACUCAUGCACUGCUAGAAGAGGAAUUCUCUUCCAAAUCUAUCAAAAGGAAGAAGCUGUCAGAGGCUAUUCUAGACGAGCAAGAUCCACGCCUGGCAUUGGAUGACAUAUGUUUGAAAAACGGUUGGGUGUUACCAAUUUAUCAUGUAUCCCCAUCAGAUGGUAAAUACCAAGCUGAUGUAACCGUAGAAGGUCUGGAUUUCAAUUGUACAAGUGAUGUUCACCUGUGUUCCAGUCCUAGAGAAGCAAAAGAAUCAUCUGCAUUUCAAAUGUUGGUAAAGUUGAGGAGCAUGGCUGUCCAGGCCAAAAGUCGGUAAUGUGAAAGGUACAAAUGGUCAAUCGUAGAGACUGAGUUAGCAAAGUUGAAGCACCCUGGGACAUUGUUCGGCUUCAGUGAACUCUAGGACUAGAAGACUUGGUAGAAUUAGACUCGUCAUAUCAUUAUGAGUAGCAAGAAGAAAACUGCUGGUGCUGUUCUUAUGUGCAAAUUUGCAGAAUUGCAGUUAAUAAAAUGUCUGUAGUCAUAUCUAUAUAUUCGAAAUGCCUGUGCAUCGUCAGAUAUACUUA